AGAUAUAGAGGGAGAAGAAGAGACGUAUGUGACUGAUAUGAAGGCAGAAUAUACAGAGGGAGAAGAAGAGACAUAUGUGACUGAUAUGAAGGAAGAAGAUACAGAGGGAGAAGAAGACACGUAUGUGAGGGGUGAUCAGCAGUGUAAGGAGGAGGAGAUCCCUACAGAUAUCAGCACAGAUGGGCACACAAGCAGGAACAUCUCAGAAGGACAUCUAAUGUUAUCCCUGGAUUCUGAAAUAACCGAUAACGACAGUAGACAGGAUUCUCCAGGAGCUAACCCCAUUACCCCAAUUAUACAUCCAGCUCUAUCAGCUGGUCUCUCUGAUCCUGGGAAAUGUUCUCCUGAUCACUCUGAUAUUGGUGCAUCUGUUACAGCUCUGACAGUAGAUACAGUGUUUCCCUGUUCUAUAUAUGCCAAAUGUUUUACACAGAACACAAAGCGUAUUACCAAUCAGCCAGCUAAGGCAGGUGAGAGUCCAUUUCCAUGUUCUGAGUGUGGGAAAUGUUUUACAUAUAAAUCAUAUCUUGUUAGACAUGAGAGAAGUCACACAGGUGAGAAGCCGCAUUCCUGUUCUGAGUGUGGAAAAUGUUUUCCACAGAAAUCAGAUCUUGUUCCACAUCAGAGAAGUCACACAGGUGAGAAGCCAUUUUCCUGUUCUGAGUGUGGGAAAUGUUUUUCAUCGACAUCACAUCUUGUUAUACAUCAGAGAAGUCACACAGGUGAGAUGCCAUUUUCCUGUUCUGAGUGUGGGAAAUGUUUUACACGGAAAUCAGUUCUUGUUAUACAUCAGAGAAGUCACACAGGUGAGAAGCCGUUUUCCUGUUCUGGGUGUGGGAAAUGUUUUACACGGAAAUCAGUUCUUGUUAUACAUCAGAGAAGUCACACAGGUGAGAAGCCAUAUUCCUGUUCUGAGUGUGGGAAAUGUUUUGCACUGAAAUCACAUCUUGUUCCACAUCAGAGAAGUCACACAGGUGAGAAGCCAUUUUCCUGUUCUGAGUGUGGGAAAUGUUUUUCAUCGACAUCACAUCUUGUUAUACAUCAGAGAAGUCACACAGGUGAGAUGCCAUUUUCCUGUUCUGAGUGUGGGAAAUGUUUUUCAUCGACAUCACAUCUUGUUAAACAUCAGAGGAGUCACACAGGUGAGAAGCCAUUUUCCUGUUCUGAGUGUGGGAAAUGUUUUUCAUGGACAUCAGAUCUUGUUAGACAUGAGAGAAGUCACACAGGUGAGAAGCCAUAUUCCUGUUCUGAGUGUGGGAUAUGUUUUACACAGAAAUCAGCUCUUGUUAUACAUCAGAUAAGUCACACAGGUGAGAAGCCAUAUUCCUGUUCUGAGUGUGGGAUAUGUUUUACACAGAAAUCAGCUCUUGUUAGACAUGAGAGAAGUCACACAGGUGAGAAGCCGUAUUCCUGUUCUGAGUGUGGGAAAUGUUUUGCACACAAAUCACAUUUAGUUAUACAUCAGAGAAGUCACACAGGUGAGAAGCCAUUUUCCUGUUCUGAGUGUGGGAAAUGUUUUUCAUCGACAUCACAUCUUGUUAUACAUCAGAGAAGUCACACAGGUGAGAUGCCAUUUUCCUGUUCUGAGUGUGGGAAAUGUUUUGCACACAAAUCAUAUUUUGUUAUACAUCAGAGAAGUCACACAGGUGAGAUGCCAUUUUCCUGUUCUGAGUGUGGGAAAUGUUUUUCAUCGACAUCACAUCUUGUUAGACAUCAGAGGAGUCACACAGGUGAGAAGCCAUUUUCCUGUUCUCAGUGUGGGAAAUGUUUUGCACGGAAAUCAGUUCUUGUUAAACAUCAGCGAUUUCACAGAUGAGAAGCCAUUUUCAUGCUGUGAGAGAAAUAAAUCUGCUCUUGUUGAACAUAUUAGACAUUACCCAAGUACGGAACCAUUUACAUCUUCUGGAGUAUAAUUAUCACUGCCGUCCAAUGUUCCUCAAGGGUGAAUCCGAUCUCUUAUGCUUUAUAAAAUAUACAUGCUACCACUGGGUGAUAUAAUCAGACGUCAUGGCCUGGUAUACCACUGCUAUGCAGAUUGCCUGCUUUUUGCACCAUGUACUGAGAACGUAAUACCAAUCCUAAAUGGUUGUCUAGCUGAGCGCCUGGGGUUGAUGAUGCCAGUUGGCUGUGACUCAGUCUUUGUGAAACAUAAUAGAAGCUCACCAACAAAGGACAAGACUACAGCUUUACCAACCAUCUGGAUUUUUGCUUUGGUGUUCAGAAUUGCAAAAUACUAAACAUGUGCUGAAUCUUUGUGUUGUCCUGGUAUGUGGCUGACACAGACAUCAGGUAUCUGCCACAUACUAAUCCUAAUUCUUCCAUCUGUGGACCAUAGCCAGAAUCAAGCACUUGAUUCCCUCAGAAGUUCAUAGACUACUGCAAUGCCAUCUACCUGGGUCACCCAGCAAAAGAAUUACAGAGCUUGCAGCUAGUACAGAAUGCAGCAGCAAAGCUGUUACCUAACCAGCUCAUUCCUGCCACAUAACACCCAUUCUCUACUCCCUUCACUGGCUGCCUGUAAGAUGACAAAUCUAUUUCAUAAUUGGCUAACUGACCUUCCCAGCCCAACAUUACAUGGUCCAAGGUACUAGAAGCAGCUUCUGCCUCCUUACUGCCCUGCUUGCUUGCUUGCUUCUACAGAUGGACUGUUACCAGCAGUACCAAGAAUCUCCUGUCAUUCAUUUAUGGGUUGAACGUUUAGCUUUGACCAUGGAACUCACUGCCUUGCACAGUCCAAGAGGCCUCCACUCUAGAGACCUUCACAAACAGACUGAUGACUGUUACUCACGCUUUUCAUUAAUGUACCUCUAUUUACUUCCUAAAUAAUACAUCCCAAAUGCUUAGGUCUUUUUUCUGCUGUUUAUUUUGUAUCUUGUGCUUUAUGUAAAUGUGAAUGUCUAAUACCAGUUUGCACAAUCUGUAUUGCUGCACGACAAUAUGGCGGCCAUUGGAACGUGUUUUCACUUCUUCUAGUUUGCCUAACUUGUUGCAGACACUCAUCUUGAUAAGGAGUGUCUGAGUGUUUUCAGAUACAAGAUCCUGUCCAUAUAUACCCUGUACAUUAUCAUGUGCAUUAGAGUCACCCGGGUUCCAUCUGCGGUGGUUUGUUGUAUGUUACAUCUAUAUGGUGCGGAUACUCCCCUGUGUUUCAUAAUAAAAGCUUUUGUUUGCAUCUAAUUAUUACAUUAAAGCUUUUAUUUUUUAUUCUG